AUGUCUAAGAAGCAACGAUCCUGCAUCGGGGCCCCGGAGGCACAGGCAUCCAAGGUCCAGGAGCUCAGCCUGAGCUCACCCACUCACCACGGCUGUUGCUGGUCAAUUUCAGGUCACCCAUCUCCAGCUCCAUCUGGCCAGCACAACACCAGCAGUGCAGACAGCCACACCUCAGAGCCAGGGGAGUCGCUCAGGGUCCGCCUGGUGAACGGGAGCAGCCGCUGCAGCGGGACGGUGGAGGUCCUGCUCGGGACGGCCUGGGAGCCCGCGUGCGGGGCGCCCUGGGACCGCCGCGCCGCCGAGGCCGUGUGCCGCCUGCCGCCCGGUCCGGCCGCCGGCAACGCCAGCGGGGUCCCGAACGCCACGCGGGCCCGGGCGCCCGCCGUCCUGUGCAACGACACGGAGUGGCGGCUCUGCGAGGUGGUGGAAGACGCGUGCAGUAGCGACGGGAGGCCGGCCCAGGUCACCUCCCCAGAGAACCUCACGCUGCGGUUGGUGGACGGUGGCAGCCCGUGUGCGGGCCGCGUGGAGAUGCUGGAGGACGGCCAGUGGGGUUCCGUGUGCGACGACACGUGGGACCUGGAGGAUGCCCACGUGGUGUGCCGGCAGCUAAAGUGCGGCUGGGCCAUCCAGGCCCUGCCUGGCCUGCACUUCGCCCCUGGCCAAGGACCCAUCCACCGGGACCAGGUGAACUGCUCCGGGGACGAGGCCAACCUGCAGGACUGCCUGGGGCAGCCGGGAGACGGCUACUGCGGCCACAAGGAGGACGCCGGCGUGGUGUGCUCAGAGCACCAGUCCUGGCGCCUGACGGGGGGUGCUGACCCUUGCGAGGGGCAGGUGGAGGUACACUUCCGCGGGGUCUGGAGCACGGUGUGCAACAGUGAGUGGUACCCACCGGAGGCCACAGUGCUCUGCCGGUCCUUGGGCUGUGGGACCAUGGCCAGAGUGCUCAAGGGGCUGCCCCACUCCCUGUCCGGCAGGAUGUACUACUCGUGCGAGGGAGAGGAGCCCGCCCUCUCCGACUGUGUCUGGCGGUUCAACAACUCCUUCCUCUGCAGCCAGUCGCAGGCAGCCAGGGUCCUCUGCUCAGGUUCCCGGAGUUUGCUCAAUCUGUCCACUUCUGAGGUCCCUGCAAGUGUCCAGCCGCUCACUGUAGAAUCUUCUUUGAUGGUGAAUACAGAGGACUGGGUAUCUCGGGAGUUCAUGCUCCUCAUUCUCUGCAUCAUUCUGGGAAUUCUCCUCCUUGGCUCACUCAUCACCAUAGCCUUCAUCCUCUUGAGAGUUAAAGGAAAAUACGCCCUCCCCGCUAUGGUGAACCAUGAACACGUACCCACCACCACCACAGCAGGGAUCAAUAGCUAUCAAGACGUCCCCACCAUCAUCCCCAAAGAAGUUCCCAAUCUGCCUGUCCAGGUCCAGAACCCGCCCCCUGAGGACUCGGACUCCAGCUUGGACUCAGACUAUGAACCCUAUGACUUCAGCGCCCAGCCUCCCGUGGCCCUGACUACCUUCUACAAUUCCCAGCGGCACCGGCUCACAGAUGAGGAGGUCCAGCAGAGCAGGUUCCAGAUGCCCCCCUUGGAGGAAGGACUUGAAGAGAUGCAUGCCUCUCAGGUGCCCCCUGCCAACCCUGGACACUGCAUGGCAGACCCCCCCUCCCUGGGCCCUCAGCACCACCCGAGGACUAACAGUGGGUCCAGCACAUCCUCCGGGGAAGACUACUGCAAUAGCCCCAGCAGCAGGCUACCUCUAUGGAACCCUCAGGCGUUUUCUUCAGAGAAGAGCCCCUUCCUAGAGCCGCCCCCGAACUUGGAGCUGGCCGGCUCCCAGACAACUUUUUCUGCAGGGCCCUCGGCUGACGACAGCUCCAGCACCUCAUCCGGGGAGUGGUACCAGAACUUCCAGCCGCCGCCCCCGCCCCCUCCUGAGGAGCAGUUGGAGUGCCCAGGAUCCCCCAGUGCCCAGUCUGAAUCCACCAACAAUGAAGACUACGAUGACAUCAGCUCAGCCUAGACCGGGCCCAGCGAGGCAGCGGGUAGCUCCCUCCCACUGGACUCCUGCUCCACCUACUCCCCUCUCCCACCCCGUCCAUCCUCUCAGAUGUCCCCCAGGGGGCUGAG